AUGGCGCCGCCGCCGCCUCCGACGACUCUCGUCGACAAUCCGCAGAUCAAAUCUGCUGAGCUCCUGUCCCCGCGGCCUCUGUUCCUCCAUGCCUACGUAUGGCCCUUCACCAUCAUCUGGCCUGUCUUCCUGGCCUUCUACCUGAGCCCUGAGCUGUACGACAAGCACAUUGGUGGCCAAGAAUGGACCUUUGUCUGGAUGGGAACAAUCAUCACCUUCCAGAGCCUGUUCUGGUUGAGCACCCACUGGAGUGUCACUGCCAGGGCCAUAAUUACCGCGAGGAAGGCUUCGUCCAUCGAGGAGGCGCAACAAAUCAAGGUCAUUCCUGUCGCAAAUGCUGGCGUAGCUGACAUUAGCGACCUCAUCCGGGAGAAGAUCGAUGGCAAGAACAGCCUUUCCUUCCUCUUUCAGAAACGUCGUUUCCUGUACGAUCCCGAUAAGAAGACAUUUGCAACCUUGAGCUAUGCCAUCGACGCCGAGCCAAAGCCUACCAUCGAGACCUUCCAAAAGUCCAGAGGCCUGUCCAACGCCGCUGAGCUCAAGAAACUGGAGCAACACUAUGGCGCCAAUACGUUUGACAUUCCGGUUCCUACAUUUACAGAACUCUUCAAGGAGCAUGCUGUUGCGCCGUUCUUUGUCUUUCAGGUAUUCUGCGUUGGCCUGUGGAUGCUGGACGACUAUUGGUACUACUCGCUGUUCACCCUCUUCAUGUUGGUUGUCUUUGAGAGCACCGUUGUCUGGCAGCGCCAGAGGACCUUGAACGAAUUUCGUGGCAUGAGCAUCAAGCCUUACGACAUUUGGGUUUACCGACUGGGCAAAUGGACUGAGGUCCAGAGCGACAAGCUUCUCCCCGGAGAUCUCGCGUCUGUUGGCCGAACCAAAGAAGACAGUGGUGUCGCAUGCGACAUGUUGCUGGUGGAAGGAACAGCUAUCGUUAACGAGGCCAUGCUGUCUGGAGAAAGCACACCCUUGCUGAAGGAGUCUAUUCAGCUGCGCCCAGCGGACGCCAGAUUGGAGCCUGAGGGCCUCGACAAGAAUGCCUUCCUCUGGGGCGGUACCAAGGUCCUACAGAUCACCCACGGCAAUCCUGAUGACCCAAAGCCUCCCGUUGCAUCCGGAGUCCCUCCACCCCCAGACAAAGGUGCGAUGGCUAUUGUUAUCAAAACCGGUUUCGAGACGUCGCAGGGCAGCUUGGUCCGCACCAUGAUCUACUCCACAGAGCGUGUCUCCGCCAAUAAUGUCGAGGCUCUACUCUUCAUCCUGUUCCUGCUCAUCUUUGCCAUUGCCGCGUCUUGGUACGUGUGGACAGAGGGUGUUCAGAAGGACCGUAAGCGAUCCAAGCUCUUACUCGACUGUGUUCUUAUCAUCACGAGCGUGGUGCCUCCCGAGUUGCCCAUGGAGCUUAGCUUGGCUGUCAAUACAAGUUUGGCAGCUCUUGCCAAAUACGCCAUCUUCUGCACGGAGCCUUUCCGUAUUCCCUACGCUGGUCGCAUUGACGUGGCUUGUUUCGACAAGACUGGAACCCUGACCGGAGAGGAUCUUGUCGUUGAGGGCAUUGCCGGUCUUGGCCUUGGGGCGUCUGGCACUGAUACGCCACAAGAAUCUGAUGGAGCGCACAGCAACAUGACACUGGUCAAGGAUUCUGGUUUGGCCUCCACACUCGUCCUUGCUACUGCUCAUGCACUGGUCAAGCUUGACGAAGGUGACAUUGUCGGCGAUCCAAUGGAAAAGGCUACCUUGUCUGCUCUUGGUUGGACUCUUGGCAAGAAUGACAUAUUGACGCAUAAGCCUGCGACAGCUGCUGCUGGAGGAACUCAAGGGACUGUUCAAAUCAAGCGUCGCUUCCAAUUCUCGUCCGCACUCAAGCGUCAGAGCUCGAUUGCCACUGUCACAGGCAGGGACCCAAAGACUGGUGCACAAAUGCGAGGGACCUUUGUUGGUGUGAAAGGCGCGCCAGAGACAAUCAUGAAAAUGCUCGUUACUGUUCCGGCGGACUACGAGGAGACUUUCAAAUAUUUCACUCGCAGGGGAUCUCGUGUAUUGGCCUUGGCGUACAAGCAGCUUUCGACAGAGGAUGAACUAGGUGCCAAGAGGAUCAACGAGCUCAAGCGUGAGAAUGUUGAGGCUGGUUUGACAUUUGCUGGAUUUUUGGUUCUCCACACCCCAUUGAAGGACGACGCCAAGCAAGCAGUCCAAAUGCUGAACGAGAGCAGCCACAGGGUCGUCAUGAUCACUGGUGACAACCCUCUCACUGCUGCUCAUGUGGCUCGUGAAGUGGAAAUUGUUGACCGCGACGUGCUUAUCCUCGACGCUCCUGAGCACAAUGACAACGGAAACAAGCUUAUAUGGCAUAGCGUCGAUGGACGAAUCAAUAUCGAGGUGGAUCCGUCAAAGCCCAUCGACUCCGACAUCCUGACGAAAUACGACCUCUGUGUGACUGGCUACGCUUUGGCAAAAUUCAAGGACCAGGUUGGCUGGCAUCAAAUCCUGCGAUACACCUGGGUUUAUGCCCGAGUCUCUCCCAAGCAAAAAGAGGAGCUCCUCUUGGGUUAUAAGGACAUGGGCUAUUUUACCCUGAUGGCUGGUGACGGAACGAACGACGUUGGUGCUUUGAAGCAGGCUCACAUCGGAAUCGCCCUCUUGAACGGAACGCAGGAAGACCUCACCCGUAUCGCCGAACACACUCGCAACACCAAGAUGAAGGAGAUGUAUCAAAAGCAAAUCGACCUGAUGAAGCGCUUCAACCAGCCUGCGCCUCCAGUACCUCCACUGAUUGCUCAUCUGUACCCUCCUGGACCAUCCAAUCCCCACUAUCAAAAGGCCAUCGAGCGUGAAGCGCAGAAGAAGGGGGUCUCCCCGGCCGAGUUCGCCCGGUCUCAGGGACAUCAGCAGCCUAUCGAGACAGUGACAUCUCCCGGCGCUCAACAGCUGAUCAAUUCUGACCCCCGUGCUGCCAGACAGGCAGAGGCAGCUAAGAAGGCCUCCAGCUUUGCCGACAAGCUUCAGCAAUCAAUGAUGGACAGCGAACUUGACGACGGCGAGCCUCCUGCUCUCAAGCUUGGAGAUGCCUCCGUCGCUGCGCCGUUCACCUCUAAAUUGCGAAACGUCAUGGCUAUUCCCAACAUUAUCCGCCAGGGUCGGUGCACGCUUGUCGCCACUAUCCAAAUGUACAAGAUUCUCGCCCUCAACUGUCUCAUCAGUGCUUACAGCUUGAGUGUCUUAUACUUGGAAGGUAUAAAGUUCGGCGAUGGUCAGUAUACCAUUAGUGGCAUGCUUAUGAGCGUCUGCUUCUUGUCUAUCUCAAGGGCCAAGUCUGUCGAGGGCCUUUCCAAGGAACGCCCACAGCCUAACAUCUUCAACUUCUACAUCAUCGGCUCUAUUCUCGGACAAUUCGCGGUUCACAUUGUUACUCUGAUCUACAUCGCGAACGUCUGUGACAAGCUUGAGCCCCGUGGCGACAUUGUCGACCUUGAGGCCGAAUUCACCCCAUCGCUCCUCAACAGUGCCGUCUACCUACUACAGCUCAUCCAACAAAUCAGCACCUUCGCGGUCAACUACCAAGGACGCCCCUUCCGGGAAGCCCUUUCUGAGAACAAGGGCAUGUUCUAUGGCAUCGUGGGUGUGACAGCCAUUGCCUUUUCUUGCUCGACUGAGUUCAUUCCCGAGCUCAAUGAACAAAUGAAGCUGGUGCCAUUCUCGAGCGAGUUCAAGUCCACCAUGACGGCCGUCAUGGUUGUCGACUACGCAGCGUGCUGGAUCAUCGAGGUUGCUCUUAAGAAGCUAUUCUCGGACUACCGGCCGCGCGAUAUCGCGCUUAGGAGACCAGACCAGCUGGAGCGUGAGCGUGUGCGCCAUGAAGAGCAGCAGAAGCUUAAGGAGGCGGAGGAGGAGAAAAAGAGGCUCGAGAAGGUGGCUGAGUUUGAGCGGAAGGUCGAGGCGCAGAGGCAGAGGCUCGAGGCCUGGAGAGACGGGCGUCAGCGAGCCUAG